ACGCGAUGAUGCCGUACCUGCAGAGGUGGGCGUCAUGGUGCUAUUUUCGGUGCCCAUCCGUCGCCCACGACCGCCAUAGUUUGCACCGUCUUGGUUCGUCAUGCGACUAACCCAUUAUUUUCCCCACAAGAAACUUCAUGCUCUUUGCCGGAAGGCGGCAGGACCGAUGUACAUGGUAGACUUUCCUAUGUUGUCGUCACGAUGGCCCACAAGGUACAAAACAGCUCGGUUCCUUCUCCAAGUCGAUUUCCUUUUCUCAAGCUUGUGUCUUUUUCUAUCACCACCAACAAACUCAUCUAGGAAGUCCUUCGUUAUUCUUCCUUAGGAUAUCAAUCAUGAGAUCCUCUAUUCUUUCUCUCGUCGGCGGUGCCUCGACCGUCCUGGCUGCUGCUCGUGGUUUCAACUAUGGCUCGCAGGGCAACACUCUGGAGACUUUCGAGGCCCAGUUCCGCACCGCACAAGGUCUUGAGACCACCAGCGGCUGGAACAGCGCCCGUCUUUACACUAUGAUUCAGGAGGGUACUGCCAACACUGUCAUUAGCGCCAUCCCCGCUGCUAUUGCUACCAACACUACCCUUCUCCUUGGUCUCUGGGCCUCUUCGGACCAGGCCGUUUUCAACAACGAGCUUACUGCUCUUAGAAAUGCCAUCAACCAGUACGGAUCUGCCUUCUCAGACCUCGUUGUUGGUAUCUCAGUCGGUAGCGAGGACCUUUACCGUAUCUCGCCCACUGGUAUUGCUGCCAACUCUGGUUACGGUCAGUCUCCUGACGUUCUCGUCAACUACAUUGGUCAAGUCAGAUCCGCCAUCUCUGGCACCGUCCUCUCCAGCAAGCCCGUUGGUCACGUCGACACCUGGAACGUCUACACCAACACUUCCAACGCUGCCGUCAUUGCUGCCUCUGACUUCCUUGGUCUUGACGAGUACCCUUACUACGAGAACACCAACGAGAACUCUGUUUCUAACGCCGCUACUCUCUUCUUCAACGCAUACAAUGCUGUUGAGGGUUCAGCCCAGGGCAAGCCUAUCUGGAUCACUGAGAGCGGUUGGCCCACCACUGGCCCCACUGAGAACCUCGCUGUUCCCAGCACUGAGAACGCCGAGACUUACUGGAAGGCCGUGGCUUGCGAGUUGAUCAACCGCAACAUCCCUACCUGGUGGUACAUCCUCCAGGACCAGGCUACCCCCAGCUUCGGUGUUGUUGCUUCCGGCGAGCAGCCCAAGUACGACCUCUCUUGCCCCAGCGUUGCCACCAGCAGCUCUGCCGCCCCUACUAGCUCUGUUGCCAGCGCUACCAUGCCCACCUCUGCCGCCGCCAGCACCACUCUGAACAUCAGCAACGCCGUUCCCUCUGCUGGUUACGUCUCUUCAUCUGGAGCCACUAGCCAGGCCGCUGCCUCUUCAACCGUCACCGUCUUCUCCACCACCUUGAUCACCGUCACCAACUGCGGUUCCACUGUUUCUGAGUGCACCACCACCGGCAUGUCGACCGCCAUCUCUGCCAAGCCCAGCGUCACAUCCGCUGCUGCCUCGACCGUCGUUCCCAGCGGUACUCCCGCCGCAUCCGGCUGCCCUGCAGACAUCAACGGUGCUUACCAGUACCCCCACCUGAUCGUCCCUGUUGACUCCAGCAACCCCAGCAAGGCCUACGGUACUCAGUACAACGGUACCAUCAGCCCCAAGGUUUCGACCAUCUUCAACUUCGACAUCCCUGCCUCUUACGCUGGCAAGACUUGCUCGACCGUCUUCCUCUUCCCUCAGCUUAACCAGCUCGAGACCUCCAGCUACUCCUUCAACGACCAGGGUGGUUUCACCAUCGCUGUCCUGAACGGUGUUGCUGACGAGUCGACCACCUACUCGAACGCCCCCGCUGUCGCCAAGCAGAUCGGCUCCGUCGACCAGCUCAAGCGUGGCUCUUCCCACACCCUUAGCAUGGAUGCCUGCCCCGCUGGCACCAGAGUCUCGUUCGAGGUUACCUCCACUGGUGGCCUGGACCUCGAGUUCUUCCAGGACUACAACCCCUCUCCUCUGGGUCUUUACGUCCGUGCUUGCUAA